CCACCUCCCAUCUCAACCGUCCUUUUCGCGUCUUCGCAUCGCCGGAACUCCACCAUGGCCAGCGUCAGCGUCAUCGAAACCGCAAAGCGCGCCGCCGGCAAGGCGGCCGUGGAGAACCACUACCCCAAGGACGCCAAGUUCGUCGGCAUCGGCAGCGGGUCGACCAUCGUCUACGUGGUCGAGGCCAUCAAGGAGUCCGGGGUCGACACCUCCGCGACCAAAUACGUUCCCACGGGCUUCCAGUCCAAGCAGCUGAUCCUGUCGGCCGGGCUGACGGCCGUCGACUUCGACUCCCUCCCGGAAGGCACGGUGCUGGACGUAGCCUUCGACGGCGCCGACGAGGUGGACGACGAUCUCAACCUGAUCAAGGGCGGCGGUGCUUGUCUCUUCCAGGAGAAGAUCGUGGCUCUGCAGGCCAAGGAGUUCAUCUGCGUUGCUGACUCCCGUAAACUCCAAUCGCGCCUCCUGUCCAACUGGAAGUACAUCCCCAUCGAAGUCGCCCCGAUCGCCGCCGCUCGCGUCCUCACGGCCCUCCGCGAGAUCGGCAGCAUCCAGCCCGCGCUCCGGCUGAACACCGACCCCAAGCAAGGCCCUUUGAAAACCGAUCAGGCUUUCUACAUCAUCGACGCCCCCUUCCCGACGCUGUUGACGCAGUCCGACGUCGCGGCCGGCAAGGGAGGCAGCGGGAAGGACGGCAUCUGGGAGGUCGAGGCCCUGUCGCGAGCGAUCAAGCAGAUCCCCGGUGUCCUGGACGUCGGGAUCUUCUCUGGCCUGACGGGCCCGCAGGCUCGGGCCCUGGGCGGCGUUGGCGGGCAGAAGCCCAUUGCCGCCUACUUCGGUAUGCCGGACGGUUCUGUCUCCGUCAGGAAGGCGGCCGCAUAAGUUGAUCUCUGUAAACAUCCCAUGUAUGACGAUUCUCUCCAUUGAGAAGAUAUAAAAUGAUACCAUUUGAACAUUUAGCAUCGUUGACUACUUUACGUUUACCUGACUAGUCUCCAGU